AUGCUGCACUCAUCCUGGUUGGCUGGUUGGCUGGCGACGUCACAGCAUUGAAAUUCGUCCAUCGCGACCGGGACCUUCGAAACAGCCCCUUCCAUCCUACCCGAGGUAUAAAGCGCUAGUUCAGUAAUUUUGCACUGCCUGGCCCUCUAUAUUCAUUUUUCUUCUGUUCUGUUAUCCCGUGACCUACCCAAAACACCCAUUUCGCGGCCGUUACAGACACAAACCCAACCAUGUCGUGGUGGGGAAAAGGCCCCGACAAGCCUCAAGCUUCGACCGACUCGCGGGAAACCAAACAAUCUCCCAACAGCAAGCCCGCGCCUCCCGUCCAGGCCUCGCAUCUGACCGAUGACCCCCGCCGCGAUGCCUCGAAAUUCGACCCCGACCACCUGCCGGACCGCAAGCAGCUCCCUAAAGGCAUGAAGCAAAUCAUGGACAGAUCCGACAAAGACGACAACUUCUUCGACGAGCUAGUUGACGGCUAUGUCCCCGACAGCACCGAGUCCAAUGUGCGGUACGCCGCCUACGCAAACCGCAUCCGGACCAUCAUGCAAUCGGCCCAUCGCUACGUAGCCUACACGUCCGACAUUGGAGAGUCGUUUCGUCCCGUAGCACACCCGUGGCUUGUACGAAGCGCUUACGGCGUCAGUUGGGCCUACAUCCUUGGUGACGUCAGCUACGAGGGGUACAAGGCGUACUGGCAGAACCAGCGGAAGCUGAACCCGCAGCUGCAGUUGACGGAGAAGCAGCAGAAGGCCACGGGGCUGACUAACUUCACGUCUCCGGCGAGCUCGGCGCAGACCACGCUGCCGGAGACUGUAAAGCCACUUGAAGACUGGCGGACGGUGAUGGUGCAGAGGGGUAUUUUUCAAAGUUUGGCGAGUAUGGGAUUGCCGGCUUUCACGAUCCACAGCGUGGUGAGAUAUUCUGGCCGAGCGAUGAAGGAUGUUAAGAACGUGAGACUGAGGACGUGGGGACCUAUUGGAUUGGGUCUCACUGUUGUCCCGUUCCUGCCGACGCUGUUCGAUGCACCAGUUGAGAAUGCGGUCGAGUGGGCGUUCCACAAGGGAUUUCAAUCAUAUGGAGGUCAGCAAUACGUAGGAGAUUUACCGAAGACGGGUAGAGAGGAGAAUCUGGCCAAGAAGCCAAAGGAUAAAGAAUUGUAGGAAACAGCCACUGCUCUGAUGAUUUCUGGUCUGGUAACGGCGUUCUGAGUACUUCCUACUCCUGCCCUAUUCCUGCGGUUUUGGUCGUUAACGUAAUAUGGGGAAACCUAAUCAGUCUAACUAUAGAUGUAUCACAGUGUAAAUAUGGGACACAGAUAAGACUCCGCUGAGCAAAUGAUAUAAAAAGGUAAACGCUCUAUAGC